AUGUCUGACUCCUGGUCAACAGUGCGCAGCGGAUCCACACUGGUCUCGGUGGGGGCCGCACCAGCAGGCCGUCUGUGGGCCACCAGGUUGGGUAUCACCAACGGGUCCACGUCACUGGACAGCCCCACACGCACAUUGGCCGACCCGGGCUGCAAGACCACAAUCUUGGACCCCAUCUUGGCAUCGUCCUCGUCGUCGUCCUCAUCCUCGUUGUCGUCAAAGUCGAACCCGUGCGAGCUGAUCUUGUUGACCAUGUUCUGGGACUCCUGCUUCUUCUCGAGCUCUGCCUGUUUCUUAGCCAGCCGCGCCUGCAACAGCCGCUGCCGCAUCUCGCGGAUCAUCAUGAUUUGCUCGUCCUUCUUGAGGUAG